AGAUCACCCAGUAGUGCUGUCUGCAGGGUUAGCUCCAGGCAGAGGAGCUGAUUCAGAAUAUCUAUUCCUUCAUCAAGUCCAAACCACCUGAUCUCAGGUGGAGAGAUGAGGACACUCGCAUGUCUGUUUUGAACAAGAUUUGGUCUCUAACUCCAAGACUUUCAACUAAAAACAACAUUUUCAGUGAAGCUGAACUCAACCAACUGUAUUCAAAGGUGACAAUUGACGAACAAAACUAUUUUUCCAACUACAUCCAGUCUCUUUCCCUCCAGCACCAGUGACCAAGCAAACUAUUUUCCCAGACUGAAGGAGAUGAUAUUUGGUCCAUCACUCCAUUUCUCUCCGGCAAUGAGCUUGUCUUUCCGAUGGGGAUGUUUGUCCAGCCUCUCUUCCACCCUACCUAUCCCAGUCCAUUCUCAGAGUGUGUCUCCCAGGUCCAUAGGAGAGUGUGUGUGGUCCCAGUACCUGGGUGUGACAGAGGGACCAGGGAGAGUGGGGGCGUUCUCGCUGUCACCGGCACAGCAGCAGGAGAUGUGGGUGCAGUACUCUGCCCUGCAGAUUGCACUACAGGCUUACAAUCAGAGUUUGAAGAAGUAUCCUGGGGACUCCUCUCUCUCAGGCCUCUCUCACACUCAUCUGUUCCUUACUUCAUUCACUCAGAUCAACUGCGACUCUGACCCAUACCAUGAGUUCAUGCCCUUUGAACCUUCCUUCCUGGUUACUGUCAUCUGAAACCAAGCAGAGGGGCAGAACCUUGCCAAAACUCCUCCAGUAUGACGUGUUAUUCCUGCGACUACCAUCCCGAAGCAACAUGGAAGCCCACAGCUGUGACAAGCGUGGUCUUGAGCAUUUAGACGAAUAUGAACCCAAACCAGCAAAACAUAUGCGUAGCCUGCACGAUCGCAUGGCGGAAAGGCGAUUAGUAGUUAUUUUAGAGGGGGCAACGCUGGAAACGGUGAAGGUUGGCAAGACAUUUGAGCUGCUGAACUGUGACCAACACAAGGGCAUGAUAAUUAAAAGUGGACGGGACCCUGGGAAGAUUCGACCUGACAUUACACAUCAGUGUUUGUUGAUGCUGAUGGACAGUCCAUUGAACAGGGCAGGUCUCCUGCAGGUUUACAUCCACACAGAGAGGAACGCACUGAUUGAGAUCAACCCACAGACACGCAUCCCCCGAACCUUCAACCGCUUCUGUGGCCUCAUGGUCCAGCUCCUACACAAACUGAGUGUGAGGGCGGCUGACGGCCCCCAACGCCUGCUGAAGCUCAUCAAGAACCCUGUGUCAGACCACCUGCCCCCUGGCUGCCCCCGUAUCUGUACCUCCUUCUCCUCUGGGGAGGCAGUGGGCGCCUGCACCGUGGUACCAGAGGAAGGGCCCGCCGCUGUGGUGGUCGGAGCGUUCGCACACGGAGCGGUGAAUGUGGACUAUACAGAGAAGACCGUGUCCAUCAGUAACUACCCUCUCUCUGCUGCCCUCACCUGUGCCAAGAUGUGCUCUGCUUUUGAGGAGGUCUGGGGCGUGUUGUGAUGAAGUUGACAGCCCAUUGCUGCUCCAGCUAAAACUGUUGUCAUCAUGGACAUUGUCGUACAUGGACUAGAAAUGGAUCGGACAGUCACGUUCAGUCAAGAAACAUUGUACAGAAACGGUCCAAUUCACCAAUGACCUCCUGUGGAUUUGUACGAUACUAUGGGUGUAUGUAUUGUGUGUAAAAUAUGGUAUUUUACAUGUUUCAACUAAGGCAAAGUUUCAAUAUGAAAUGAAUACUGUUUUGAAUACACCAUCCGUAAGAACUUGGCACCAAAUAUGGUCAUCCUACUUUUCUUGUAUUUUUUUUGCUUUUUUACAUGUAUUCAGUGCACCAUUGUUCCCAUGGUUAUACAGUGGAAAUAAACUGUAUAAUUUGUC